AUGGACGACUCUGUCAUUCAAGGAAUUGCAGGCUCAGCCGGAGGCAUCGUGGCCAUGUCCGCAACCUAUCCUUUGAUUUUCAUUUCUACUCGAGCAGCAGUUGAAACGAGAAACGAGUCAAAGCCUGUCGUACAAGCCGUCCUUGAUAUUCUCAAACGAGAGGGCAUAACAGGUCUUUACAGUGGCCUUAAUUCCAGUUUGCUCGGCAUCGCAGUCACAAAUGGUGUCUACUACUACUUUUACGAGCGAUCUCGCGGAGCCAUACUCAAAUCCCGAGUCGGAGGAAAAGGCUUGAGUACCGUCGAGUCCAUCAUAACAGGACUCAUCGCAGGCACGUCUUCCCCUCGAGCCCGCUCGGCGACAACGAUAAUCAGUAAUCCAAUAUGGGUCGUCCAGACUUCUCAGGCUGUUCGGACGCUUAACCAAGGUUCUUCCGACGCGUCUGGGCGUCCUAAGAGACCGGGAUUCAUAGAGACUAUCCGUGGGAUUCUUGCAAAGGACGGUAUUGGCGCCUUCUGGCGAGGCAUUGGGCCUGCUCUGGUUCUCGUCAUGAAUCCCGUAAUCCAGUACACCGUGUUUGAGCAGUUAAAGAACAUCUUGAUCGCCCGAAGGACAACUAAAUUGAGACUCGCAGGCGCUGCCGCUGUGACGGCGGUCCUCAGUGAUUGGGAUUUCUUCUUCCUGGGUGCUAUAUCAAAACUAAUCGCCACAGCCUCAACCUAUCCUUACAUCGUAAUCAAGAGUCGAAUGCAAGCUGGACAUUCAAGCGCGUUGGGAUACAAAUCCACGCUCGAUGGGCUGCUAACCAUCUUACGAGAAGAGGGCAUUCACGGCCUUUAUAAGGGCGUUGGCAGCAAAUUGACCCAGAGUGUCCUUACGGCAGCCAUUCUCUUUGCAGGGCAAAGGCGUAUAUACGAGAUUACGAAGAAGGCGUUGUUGACUGCCAACAAGUUGUAA